AUGCAGAGAAAGACCUUCACGGAAGUGACAGAAUUCAUCUUCCUGGGAUUCUCAAUCUUCGGAAAGCACCAGAUAACACUCUUUGUGGUUUUGCUUGCCAACUACAUUUUAACUCUAACUGGUAAUGUUGUCAUUGUGACCAUCAUCCAUGUUGACCGUCAUCUCCACACCCCCAUGUUCUUCUUCCUGAGCAUGUUGGCUAGUUCUGAGACUGUGUACACGCUGGUCAGUGUCCCACGAAUGCUUUCCGGUCUCCUUUUCCAUAACCAGCCCAUUUCCUUGGCAGGCUGUGCAACUCAGAUGUUCUUUUUUGUCAUCUUGGCCACUAAUACUUGCUUCUUGCUUACAGCAAUGGGCUAUGACCAUUAUGUGGCCAUCUGCAACCCCCUGAGGUACACAGUCCUCAUGAGCAAAGGAGUGUGUGCCAUGUUUGUAUGUAGGUCCUUUGGCACUAGCCUGGUUAUGGCAGUUCUCCAUGUGGCAGUCAUGUUCAGUUUACCUCUCUCAAUGUCAAUGCCAAACUCCAGUGCUGUGACCCAGUUCCUUUUGGAAGGGUUCUCCAGCUUUGGGUGGCAUCACAGGCUUGUGUUCUUUGUUGUCUUUCUAACUCUGUACCUGCUGACUCUCUCUGGCAAUGUUGUCAUCGUGACUAUUAUACGCCUGGACCGUCACCUCCACACCCCCAUGUACUUCUUUCUGAGCAUGCUGUCCCUCUCUGAGACCUGCUACACUGUGGCCAUCAUUCCCCGUAUGCUUUCUGGACUCCUGAUCCCCCAACAGCCCAUUGCUGUCCAAGACUGUGCCACUCAGCUCUUCUUCUAUCUCACCUUCGGCAUCAACAACUGCUUCCUGCUCACGGCCAUGGGCUACGACCGCUAUGUGGCCAUCUGCAACCCACUACGGUACUCGGUCAUCAUGAGUAAAGAGGUCUGUGUCCAGUUAGCAUCCGGAUCACUGGGAAUUGGUCUGGGCAUGGCCAUUGUCCAGGUAACAUCUGUGUUUGGUCUGCCCUUCUGUGAUGCCUUUGUCAUUUCUCACUUCUUCUGUGAUGUGAGGCCCCUGCUGAAGCUGGCCUGCACGGACACCACUGUCAAUGAGAUCAUCAACUUUGUUGUCAGCGUCUGUGUCCUGGUUCUACCCAUGGGCCUGGUCUUCAUCUCCUACGUCCUCAUCAUCUCCACCAUCCUUAAGAUCGCCUCAGCUGAGGGCCGGAAGAAGGCUUUUGCCACCUGCGCCUCCCACCUCACGGUGGUCAUCAUCCACUAUGGCUGCGCCUCCAUCAUCUACCUCAAGCCCAAGUCCCAGAGUUCCCUGGGGCAGGACAGACUCAUCUCUGUGACCUACACGGUCAUCACCCCCCUGUUGAACCCUGUCGUGUAUAGCCUGAGGAACAAGGAGGUCAAGGAUGCUCUGCACAGAGCCGUGGGGCGGAGGCCCCUUUCCUCGUAGCAAGACAAGAUUGUUGAAAGCCUUUCACUUGAUUUUGUAAAUGUAUGUUGAUUUUAAUGCUGUUUCAAUAAUGCUUUUAAGUAUGAGAUCAAGAAGAACAGACUAAAGUAAGGGGAACCAAAACUGUGGGCUUCUGUUUGGGUUUGUCACGGUUUCCUAUGCCCUUCUUCAGAGAGGAUAAAAAGUGGUCUGGCACAGAGAGAUGGAUGGUUCUGGCAGCUGCAUGGCUCAGUCUGCUAAGUAUCUGCCUUCAGCUCAGGUCGUGAUCCCAGAGUCCUGGGAUUGAGUCCCACGUCCAGCUCUGCACUCAGCGGGAGUCUGCCUGACCCUCUCCCUUUCCCCUCGCCCCUCCCCCCACUCAUUCUCUCUGUCUCUCUGACAAAUAAAUAAAUGAAUAAAAUGGCUUGGCAAAUGCUCAAGACUAGAGGGGAAAGGUUUACCUGCCUAGGUCAUGCCCACCUGUGUCCUAUCACACAUGAGUGCACACAGCUACACAACUCCAUCGAGACAUAAAAUCAGCCGCGUCCAGAAAGCCCAUGAACAAAGUAUUUGGAAGCCACCUCCGAAAGACUUUCACUGUUGUUGGUGGGGAUGUAGGAGUAGUUUGUGCAAACUUUUUAACAAGCGAGGAGACCUAUGUGUAUUCUUUUCUGUGGACAUUGAGGACUUUCUCGUAAUCUGCUUUUGCUAACGCUGAUAUCUCAGAACAGCCUGAGGAAUCUUCAGGAGGCUGAAGGGGUGGAGGCAGUUCCGAGUGGUGGUAGGGCCCUACCUGGCCAUUCCUGGGAAUGCGGGAUGCAAAUGUGGGGAAGCAAAAAGUCAUCAGCUCCCGAGAGCACCGAAGCGGGUUGUCCACAGCCGGAAGUUGGCUAGGUGAGAAAACACCAGACGUAAAGGGAGGCAUGUUGAAAAGUUCAACACCUUCCAUGUUUCCAGCCCAGGAGUAAAAAGCACAGAGGUUGGAAGGAGCCAAGAAAAGCAUAGUUCUUUCACAGGGUAGACCUAAACUGUUUGAUAGGGUGUUAGAAGUGUAAGCACUUUAACUACAACUCCUGAAAACACUUAUUAAUGAGCAGAAGUCUGAAGCUUGACGUAAAUAAAAAACUUUCUGGUAAGCUCCUAA